GUGGCCUAGAUCUAUCUGCCCGUCAUGUCGAGUGCCCAGGGUGGAGGUGACUCCAAAUUAUUUGCCAGGGUAAGCUUCAUUCUAUCUCCCCCCGCUCCCUUGCGAUUAUUCUCUCCCCUCGGUCGUCUCGUCUCGUCUUAUCUCGUCCUCGUCCCCUCCCCCGCUCUUACCGCAUGCAACGCCUCAUUACCUACCUACCUCUCUGUGCGACAACCUCGCGGACCGUGUCAUACCCUUCGUUCCGAGAUAGCGCACAAUCACGCUUCCCAUUUCUUGCUGCCUUUUUUAUAUACAUUAUGCUUCACAAAUCCAACCAUCAGAGAUACCUGUGACGCUGCGUUCUCGCGAUACCCGUCUCGGGUGGUGUUCCUUGCGAUGAUUUUUCAAGACUUUGUCUUCUUGUUUCUUGCGGACGCCGUCUCUGCCUCUUGUCUUUCAUAUCUUCAACUGUUGAUCUCUGCACGGCAACAGCAUUGAACAUUGCCCACCAUGUUUAUGGCAUACAUGCCCCCACCGACUCUGUCGACUGAACUAACAUCCUCCAAGGGCAAGGUCGCGGAGCUGCGGCUUGAACUCAAUGGCGGAGGCAGGAAAGACAAGAACAAUCAGUGCAAGAAGAUUGCCCUCAAGAAGAUCGUGGCGAAUAUGACGAUGAGUAAUAACGACAUGAUUGCUUUGUUUCCGGACAUCAUCGGCUGCAUGCACAUCCAGAGCUUGGAGAUCAAGAAGAUGUGCUUCCUGUUUCUCGUCAACUACGCUAGGAUGCGGCCCGAGAUUUCCCUGCAAGCGAUACCGGUGUUAGAACGGGACAUGGAAGACCCGAAUCCUCUAGUGCGCGCCUUGGCAUUGCGAACCAUUUCCUACAUCCACGUCCGCGAGUAUGUGGAGGCCACGGUUCCCAUAGUGAAGCGCAUGUUGAGAGAUCCCGACCCGUACGUGCGAAAGACGGCGGCAUACUGCGUCGCGAAGCUUUACGACCACGAUAAGCGAAUGGUGGAGGCUUCCGACCUCAUCGACCGCCUCAAUACGCUGCUGCGAGACGACAACCCCACGGUUGUGGCCAGCGCCUUGGCUGCAUUGAUGGACAUCUGGGAGAGGAGCGACUCGAUCAAGCUCACCAUUGAUUACGGCAACGCUUCCAAGAUGGUGGCGAUUCUGCCGGAUUGCUCAGAGUGGGGUCAGACGUACAUCCUAGAGGCGCUCAUGUCCUACGUACCCCAAGAGUCGGGGGAAGCGUUGCUCUUGGCGGAGCGCAUCGCACCCCGGCUAUCGCACUCCAACUCGGCGGUCGUGCUCACCUGCAUCCGAGUGAUCCUCUAUCUUCUGAACUACAUUGCCGAUCAGAAGCAAAUCACAGCCAUGUGCAAGAAGCUGUCGCCGCCGCUGGUCACGCUGCUGGCCAAGGGGCCCGAAGUCCAGUACCUCGCCCUGCGUAACGCGCUGCUCAUCCUGCAGAGACGGCCCGAGGUGCUCCGCAACGACAUCCGGGUGUUCUUCUGCAAGUACAACGACCCCAUCUACGUCAAGGUGACCAAGCUCGAGCUCAUCUUCAUGCUGGCGACGGAGAAGAACAUCAACGAAGUGCUGACCGAGCUGCGGGAGUACGCGACGGAGAUUGACGUGCACUUUGUGCGCAAGGCGGUGCGCGCCAUCGGGAAGCUGGCCAUCAAGAUCGAGCCGGCGGCCCAGCACUGCAUCGACCUCCUGCUGGAGCUCGUGGCCACCAAGGUGACGUACAUCGUGCAGGAGGCGACGGUGGUGAUCCGGAACAUCUUCCGCAAGUACCCGAACCAGUACGAAUCCAUCAUCGGCACGCUGUGCGAGCACCUGGACUCCCUGGACGAGCCGGAGGCCAAGGCGGCCAUGGUCUGGGUGAUCGGGCAGUACGCCGACCGGAUCGAGAACAGCGACGCGCUCCUGGAGGACUUUCUGUACUCGUUCGCGGAGGAGCCGGUGGAGGUGCAGCUGGCGCUCCUGACGGCGACGGUGAAGCUGUUCAUCCAGCGGCCGACGAAGGGGCAGGAGCUGGUGCCGCGGGUGCUCAAGUGGGCGACGGAGGAGACGGACAACCCGGACCUGCGGGACCGGGCGUACAUGUACUGGCGGCUCCUGUCGACGGACAUGGACGCGGCCAAGCAGAUCGUGAUGAGCGAGAAGCCGGCCAUCACGGCCGAGUCGGAGCGGCUGGACGCGCAGACGCUGGAGGAGAUGUGCCUCAACGUCGGCACGCUGGCCACGGUGUACCUGAAGCCCGUGCAGACGGUGUUCCGGUCGGCGCGGCCGCGACGGCUGCUCGACUCGCCGGCGCUGCAGCGGCAGCACGACGCUCCGACCACCACCCCUGGGUUGGACGGGCAGAAGAGCCUCAGCCAGUUGGGGAGGGGAGGUCAGCCUGCGGACAUUGACGCCAGGAAUCGGGCGGCUAAUGCGGCGACGGCGGCUGGGGUGGGGCUCGGCGUCGGCGUCGGGGCGGUGAACGGAGCGAACGGAGCGAACGGGGACGGGAGCAUAGCGCAGGCGGUAAGCGAGGCGGAUGCCUACUUUUCGACCAUCGGGACGCAGCAGAUGGCGGCUAUGCGGAUAGACCAGGGGGAUGUGUUCGGGGGGAACAGCGGGUACGAGACGGGGUAUGUGGUGAACCAGAAUUCAGCGCAGCAGGUUGUGCAGCCGACACAGGGGGCGGGGAGCAAUGGGGACCUGUUGAUGCUGUAACGAGGGGGUGACGGGGCGUAGGUAUAUAUGUUGUAGCUUAGAUCUCUAGGCUUGUUGCAGUGCCUAUUAAGAUUGUGUAUGCUUGCUUGGUCUGGUGUCGCUCAUCCGACCUGUUGUCAGCCAAGGACAAGGAAUGAAUCGUCUCAUGGGCUAGACCUCUGCUUGGAGUAUCGACAGCUCGCCCUGUCCGGUGGCUUACGAGCUACCUAGGUACGGUACCUUGACUUACCUUAAAGCAAUACCUUGCGGUACCUAAGGUAAAUUACCUUCAUAUUGGCGGUUGGUUGAGGCUGGGGUUAGGGACUUGUCAAUGUUGUACCAGAACAUAAGGAUAUAGAACCGAUUGCCCUCACAUCUCGACUUUUACCUUUUUCAAUAAAUAAAAU